AUGUCAGGAGCAGCGGUGAUUAGAUCUCACAAUCGAUACCGCCAAUCAGCUAACCUAGCACCACUUGCUGCUAGUCAGAGAUUAAGAAAUGCAGCUCAAUCUCAUGCCAAUCAUAUGGCACAAACUCGACAAAUGUCACAUCAGGAGAACGUCAAUGGGCGAGGAACUGUGGGCGAGCGUGUUACUCAAACAGGAUUUAGAUGGUCGGCGGUGGCUGAAAAUGUUGCCGCUGGACAAACAACAAUCAAUCAAGUAAUGACAACAUGGAUGAACAGUCCCGGUCAUCGAGAGAAUAUUUUAAACGGAAACUACAAACGCAUUGGAGUUGGUAUUAGUCGAGGUGCAGAUAAUCUUCUUUAUUGGUGUGCUGUUUUUGCGAGAUAG